AUGGCGGCGCCCUGCUCGCGGUGUGUCUUUGGGCUUCUCCGUGCGCAGCCGCCUGUGUUCCUGCAUCGGUCCCUGUACAGUGCGACCCCACCGCGGGACGUGCUCCUCUUCCAGCAUGAACGGGGCCGCUUCUUCACUAUCCUCGGGCUGUUCUGUGCGGGCCAGGGCGUCUUCUGGGCUUCCCUGAGCGUGGCCGUCUUUUCCCGACCCCCAGUCCCAGCGCAGCCUCGGGAUGCAGCUCCUAGCCGCUGGGACCUGCGUUCCGCCCUCUGGCGGUAUGGGCUCGCCGUCGGCUGUGGCGCCAUCGGAACCCUGGUGCUUGCUGCCGGUCUUCUUUUCUCUCUCCGGUCUGUGCGUUCAGUGAUGCUUCGGGCUGGAGGGCAGCAGGUGACACUCACCACUCAUGCCCCCUUUGGCUGGGGGGCCCACAUCACUGUCCCCUUGAACCAGGUCUCCUGCAUGGCCCACCGGGGUGAAGUCCCUGCUAUGUUACCUCUGAAGGUCAAAGGCAGGCGCUUCUACUUCCUCCUGGACAAGGCUGGACACUUCCCCAACACUCAGCUCUUUGACAACACUGUGGGUGCCUACCGGAGCUUGUAAAGAAACUUUAGGUCACUCACCCCUCCCAGAGGGGAAUAAAAAGAAAUCUUUGAGAUGGAGUGACA